UUUUUCAAUGAGGUCGAGAGUUGAAUACUGCACUGAUGAGAAUAGUAACACAAAUGCAGUAAACAAAGAUGGAAAAAAGAGAUGAUGAGCAGAGAGACGACGCCAUUGCCAGUAGAAAGAGGAAACACCGCAGAGAUAAGUCCCCAGGUGAGGAGAAAGAGGAGAAAAAUGACGACGAGAGAGUGAGGCGUCAUCACAAGAAAAAACACCACAAGAGGAGACACGACCCUGAGAAGACUGCGUCAGACGGAGAGGACUCUCUCAGUCGUCGGCGGAAGAAGAAGAGACGGCAUCACCACAGGAGACAGAGACAGCUAGAUUCUUCAGAAGAGCGAGCUGGGGAGCGAAGCGUUGGAAACAGCAGCCACGAAGAAGUUGAGAAUAAUACUGGUGAUGAGGAUGACAAUAAUGAUGUCGUGCCUGUUGUAGACACCGAGGCGUGUGCUGUGGAUCCACACGCGGUAGAAGUUAAAAGUGAUGACACAUACACGGUAAAAGAGCCGCAGGAGGCUGUAGACCCAACACAGCCAGAGCCGGAAACCGCAAAAAGUGUUGGUGGUGAUGAAAGAGCGGAGCUGGCCUCUAACGAUGCAGCGGGUCCAGCUCGUAAGAUGGCAGGAUUCUUGCCGGCUAGGCUGUCAUUGCCAAAGGCAGUGGUCGAGCCCAUCUCACAGGAGACGGACGACGUGUGGAACGAUUGCGUCACCGGCGUCAGCCUCAGCGACCUGGAAAAGCCGGCAGAGGACGGCACACGGACGCAGGGCGCGGACACGAGCAGCAGUCCCACGGAAGUGACGCGUUCCGUCGGCGCUUGCACGCCGGAUUGCAACAGCGCGUCGCCCGUGCACGCCAGCAGUUGCCAGGGGAAUCACCACCACCCGCGCUACCACGAGCACGGUGACGAAAGCGGCAAGGCGUCCAGCAGUCGCCAUCGCCACAGACCCCGUACCCGGUCGUGUUCGUGCGAGAGCUGGUCGGCUUCGCCGUCGCCCAAGUCUCGCAGCAGUAGAGGCCGACGCGGUGAUCGCCGCUCUAGAUCUCCGCGCCAUCGCGGCCGACGGAGACACGCUCCCGCAGCAGCAGCAACAGCAGCAGCGGAAACUGACGCUCCCGGUGCCAGUCCGCAGCGGGGUAGCCAUCGAGUGUCGUCGUACCGCUCCGGUCAUCGGUCCUCGCCGCCACGACAACGUACUUCUAGGUCCUCGAAAUCCUAUCGUUCCCGCUCGCCUUCGUACCGCCGGCGAUCAUCGAGAUAUCGCAGCAGCUCGCGUACCAGACACACCAGAGAUAGGUCUCAGUCCCCUCGCCGAUACCGAUCCCGUUCGCCGCGCCGGAACAGAUCCAGAUCACCGAGGAGAUACCGCUUGCGGACGCCUCGUAGAAGUAGAUCCAUCUCGCCGCGGCGAUACAGAUCUCGGUCUCCACGACGACGGCCGGAAAGAUCCAGGUCACGAUCGCCGAGGCACUCUUCACCUAGGUCUCCACGAAGAUAUCGCUCUCAGUUCUCCAGGAGUCCGCCGGGUAGAAGCCGUUUUUUGGCCCGGUACGGACGUGACUCGCCACCAGCAUCACCGAGCCAAGGUAGCUCUAAGGUGCAGAGUCCGGAAAGGCAGGUGUUUGCAACGAAUACGGACAGUGCCCUUGUAGCAACCAGCCAGCAACAGGACAGUGCAAGUAGCGGUGUGGUCGGCCAGGUUGUACUGCCGACCGGCCUGGCUCGCUUUACCAACCUCUGCUCCAAGAUCAGCAGUAAGAGAAGCGACGAUGAGCAUAGCUCUGACGGUGAGACGUCUCGGCCUGUCCGUCAUCCGUUCGCGCUGCCCAGUGUCAGCAGCCUUGCCAAGGCCAAAGCCGGGGCCUUGAACCGCUCUACAGACACGCAACUAGCAAUUACAGCCGGCAACUCCACGCAGACCGGAUCAUCGUCGUCGUCGUUGCCGUCCGGCUUCGUCAACAUCAGCGAGAUCGUGGCUCAGGUGAGGGCUCGGAACCCGGUCGUUCUUAAACAGUCGUUCCCCGUGUCGACCGGCGUGAAGCACGUGCAAGCUGAGGAGUCACCGGCUACCGACAGUGUUCAGGUUGAUCCCAGUGCGCCGAGUGGACGGCCGGCCGCACCGCUUCCACCCGUGCCCCAGCUGGAUACCAGGCUAGUGAUUCGCCACGGUGAGCUGCAGAAGCGCCUGGAACUCAACCCGCACGACUUCGGCGCCAUUUCGGAACUGGCGAGAAUCAAGGCAGAGCUGUCCCAGUUUGCCGUCGCUGCCACGCGGCAUAGGGAACAACAGAUGGAGAAAGGCCACCUGCAGCCCCUGCAGCCGCUGCCAAAGUCGCAGCUCGAGGCCGGAACGCCAGCCUGGGCCAGGAAGGACAUGUUCAGCAACCUCAACCCGGUCCGGGAGGGUUUCGGCGCCAAGAUGCUUCGCAAGCAGGGCUGGUCUCUCGGACAGCCACUCGGCAAGAUGGGAGAUGGUUACGUGGAGCCGGUGCAGGUCGUACUCAAAACCGACCGCAAAGGUCUGGCGAGUCACGGAGAAGGGCCUGGUCGGAAAUCAUCGUCCAUGUCUGUACUCCCCAACAUGGUAAAUGGACGUGGCAUGUCUGUGAAGAGUGCUGCUUCUGGCGGCUCAGCUGGCAGGUCUAGUGCUGGGACUGGCGGUGGCGCCGUCACCAGCCUGACACUAGCCUCGAUGACAGGGCAAGGCAAGCAUCCUGUCUCGGUGCUGAUGGAGCACUGCAGCCGGAAGCGCAUACCGGCACCCGACUAUUCGCUAUGCUUGGAUUCCGGGCCGCAGCACAGCAAGUGCUUCAAGUUUGCAGUGACUAUUCAAGGCGUGCAGUACACAUCUCCUGCUCCCUUGAACAACAAGAAACACGCUAAGGCGGCAGCGGCAUUGGCUGCUGUGCAGGCCCUUGGACUUGUGUAGCGCUGUUGCUGCUAUCGUGUGCACGAGCAGCAGCAUUAUACGUUCUCUCUCUCUCUCUCUCUCUCUCUCUCUCUCUCUCUCUCUCUCUCUCUCUCUCUCUCUCUCUCUCUCUCUCUCUCUUCCUUUCAGCCUAACACUUUCCGUGCAAGUUGGAUUGAGCUGGCCUCACAAGCACGGGGUGUGCGAACUUGAUCACCGUGCAGUCUCGUAGCGUGACUACGUGACUAUGUUUUUUGUUGUUGAUAUUAUAGCUGAUGUUUCUGAUGUUUCUGUUUCUCAUUUGUUCCCACGUUUUAUAAAUAUUUUGCCUAACCUAUUCUCCAAUAAGCCCA